AUGCCUCAUACAGGAGAGUGUAAUGGCGAUGGAAACAGGAUGUACAGCGAGGAGGAACGACUGAGGACUUUCCACAACUGGCCAGUGAACGCUUCAGAUAGAUCUGCUGAGCAAGCACACACUGGUUUUUACUUCCUAGGACCAGGAGAUAUGAUGCCCUGCUUUCACUGUGACAGGACGUCCAGGCACUGGGAACAUGAGGAGAAUCCGACUGGUGAGCACCGGCGCCACUUUCCUGCAUGCGAGUUCAUUUCGAGUGAUGUUCAGCGUGUCCGCACUUCAACGGAUUCGGUGGACGGCCAGCUGUUGAGCCAGCUGCAGCGCCUGGCUGCAGGCGAGCAGGUGACACCCGGUCAAGCCGCUUAUCCGGAGAUGGAGUCCGAGGACAUACGCCUCACCACGUUCAGCACCUGGCCCACAAGCGCUUCCAUCCAACCGGAUACACUGGCACGCGCUGGCUUCUUUUACACAGGUCAUAGUGAUAACGUGAAGUGUUUCUUCUGCAAUGGUAGUUUGAGGAACUGGGAGUCUGGAGAUGAUCCAUGGCAGGAACAUGCUAAGUGGUUCCCACGAUGUGAGUAUUUGAUCCAGUCAAGGGGACAAGAGUACAUCAGCAAUGUACAGCAGUCAUAUUUCAACACAUCGGAGAUGGCAACUGAAUCCCAGCAUUCAACUGCAAGAAAUAUCACCACUGGCCAUGAUGUAUUGAGUGGGCAGAGUGCACCAGCAGCGACCAUGUUCUCGCCGGUGGUGCAGGCAGUGCUGCAGAUGGGUUUUGAGCAAGCACCAGUUGAGAGCCUGGUUCAGUCUCGAUUCCUGCUCACCGGUCACCAUUACACUUCUGUCUCUGACCUAGUGGCUGACGUCCUGCAGGCUGAAGAGGAGGAGAGGCAGGGCAGUGAUAAUAACACAGAUCCUGUGGCGAGGCAGAGCAGCAGUGCCAAUGGAAUGAACCUGCAGACCUCACUUAGGGAGAAAGUUUUGGUGACCCUGGAUGCUGAGGAACAGUUGAAGCAGCUUCAGGAGGAACGGACCUGCAAAGUAUGUAUGGACAAACUGGUGUCCAUGGUGUUUAUCCCCUGCGGUCACCUGGCUGUGUGUUCUGAGUGUGCGGCCAGCCUGCGACACUGCCCCAUCUGUAGAGCAGCGAUACGUGGCAGCGUGCGUGCCUUCAUGUCCUGA